UAUGGCGUAAAAUUUCCCAAAACCCCUCCUUGUGUCUUGCCCAAAACCCAGCCGGCAGGUCUGAGCAGUGGAAUUGUUGCUUCUUCUACCUUCACCCUUUUCGAUACGAAUCAUUUCUAAAACCUAAACCAAAAUUCCAGAAUCUCCUAAAAUGGCAGAUUCAAUUUUUAGAUCCUUAAGAGAUGGCGCGUUAGAAGGAGAACUUGCACCAACUCUCACAAUCAAAGACUCUAUAGCUUCACCUUUUUCCAUCCACAUUUUCUCUCACAUUCUUCUUCAACUCUCCUCACACUUCGCCGCACAAAAAUCUCAUAAUACCGGUAUCGUCAUCGUCGCGAUUUCUCGGAGUCCUUCGUUUUAUGCCGAUUUGUUGAAGAAUAAGGGAUUGGAACUCGCAUCUUCCAGCAAAUGGAUUCAUGUUUUGGAUUGUUAUACCGACCCUCUUGGUUGGAAAGAUAAGACAAGGAAAUCUGGAAAUGUUAAUGUUCCUUCUGAACAAAUUCCACUUGAUGCUACUUCUUAUAAAUCAGUCAAGGACAUGGAUAAGUUAUUUUUGGCGAUUACCGAUCUCGGCCGAGGUUUAGUUGGAGAAAAUAAAUCCCGGUUCUGUGUUGCUAUAGACUCGCUAAGUGAACUGUUGAGACAUUCAUCUUUGCAGUCAGUUGCAGGCCUUCUAAGCAAUCUGCGCAGUCAUGAUCAAAUUUCAAGUAUAUUUGGAUUAGUGCAUUCUGACCUUCAUGAGGAGAGGGCUGCAGCUACUCUUGAGUACAUGUCCUCCAUGGUGGCCAGUGUAGAACCAGAUCAUCAUUCUUCAGAGAAUUUCUUAUCAGAGAAAAAUUUUACCCAAGGAAAAUUUAAUGCCAGACUUAAACGCAGAAAUGGACGCGUUAGAGUGCUGUGUGAAAAGUUUAAAGUUGAAGCCGGAGGAAUCAGCUUUGCUUCUGUUUCAGCAGAAGAUGUAACAACUGUUGCAGGCUUACUGCCAAAGGUACAGUUUAAUCUCCAGCUGUCAGAAAAGGAGCAAAUUGACAGGGCAAAGGUUGUGCUUCCUUUUGAACACCAAGGAAAUGGUAGUCCCAUACAAAUUUAUGAUGGUAGAAAAUCCCUUGAAGAGAGCAGCAGUGAGGGGGCACCUCUUUCAAGGGGUGGUAAAAAGGAGGAUUCUACCCUAGGUGAGAUUAUAUAUUUUCGUGAUUCAGAUGAUGAGAUGCCCGAUUCUGAUGAAGACCCAGAUGAUGAUUUAGAUAUAUGAUGUGCUUUAGUUAGUGUCUUCUGUAUCGUUAGGUGACUUAGAUUAGGUUCGUGAUCAAACAGAGUUUUAUUAAGAAAAAUCGGCUCGGUAUUGUUUAAUUGCUCGUAAGUUAAUAGUGUAUCACAUUACAUCAUAUUGUACAGCCUACAUACAUAUAGAAACCUGAAUUGGUUUUUAUUGAUUUUGAGAACAUUUCUGCCUAA